GCUCGGCGGGGCGGGCGGGGCGGACGGGGCCGAGGCCACCGGUCGGAGGCGGCAGCUGGGCACAGCGCGAUGGACGCCCAGGAGUGCGGGGCGGCCGCGGGCUCCGGGCCCCCAGCCUACGACUCCGUGGCCGCCUGGUGGGACAUGGUGCGGAGGAACCUGCAAUCUUUUCCAAACUCCUGUUCAGCACUUGGAAGAAAAAUUGCAGCUAUGUAUGACAGCUUCACUAGUAAAUCAUUAAAAGAACAUAUUUUCCCUCCUCUGAUGGAGAUGCUGAUUUAUUUUAAUUUUUACAAAGCCCCGUUUCUUGUGGAUUUAAAGAAACCAGAGGUGAAGGUCCCUCACACGGUGAACUUCUACGUCAAGCCCAAGCCCGGGGUGAUGCUCGGAGUCUGGCAUACGGUCCCCAGCUGCCGGGGAGAAGAAGCCAAGGGGAAGGGCGUGUGCUGGUAUGAAGCGGCCCUUCAGGAUGGAAACCCAAUUAUUGUGUAUCUUCAUGGCAGUGCACAACACAGGGGUGCUCCUCACAGGUGUAAACUGGCAAAGGUGCUGAGCGACGGUGGCUUUCAUGUCCUGUCUGUGGACUACCGAGGGUUCGGGGACUCUACAGGGAAGCCCACAGAGCAGGGGCUGACAGAGGACUCUAUCUGUGUCUAUGAGUGGGCCAAAGCGAGAAGCGGCCGCACCCCUGUGUGCCUCUGGGGCCACUCUCUGGGCACAGGAGUUGCAACAAAUGCUGCCAGAAUCCUGGAAGAGAGAGGAUGCCCAGUGGAUGCCAUUGUGUUGGAAUGUCCAUACAGCAACAUCUGGGUUGCAAGUAUCAGCUACCCCUUGUUACAGAUUUGCCAGAAGUUUCCAAGAUGUUUACAGACACUUACAGAAUCCCUAAAAGAAGACAGAAUAGUCUUUGCCAAUGAUGAAAAUGUUAAAUUCUUGUCUUCCCCGCUUCUCAUCAUACAUGGAGAGGAUGACAGAACAGUGCCUAUAGAAGAUGGAGAAAAGCUCUAUGAAAUUGCACGUGCUGCCUACAGGAAUAAGGAGAGGGUCGAGAUGGUUAUCUUUCCUCCUGGCUUCCACCACAACUAUCUUUGUAAAAGCCCCAUGUUUGUGAAAGUCGUGAGAGAUUUCCUGAGCAAGCAGUGGGCGUGAGGUCAGAGAGCAGCAUGAAUCUUCAGCUGAAGACCUGUGAGGUAGACUUUCUCUCUGUGAAACUGAACGAGGCUGCUUAGAGGAGCUGAAAGCCUGCAUGUUUCCACAAGUCACUUGUCAUUUUAAUAAGGAAAGCAUAGAUGCUGGGUGUUGUGGAGUGUGGAGAAUCAGAACUUGGUAAAAUUUGGAUCCUAUCUAAAAUAUAUGGUCAACAGACAUUCUGGGAGUAAGUUGGUUGCUAUGGCUUGGUGUCUGUGUCUGCCCCUAAAUUCACACGCUGAGACCGACUCAUCAAUGGAAUGGUUUUAGGAGGUAAAGCCUUUGGGAGAUGUGAGGUCCUGAGGCCUCUCGUGAAUAGGAUGGGUGAAAUAGGCCUCUCAGGAAGCUCUCCCUCUUCCCCCGCCGAGGACACAGUGAGAAGGCCCCAGCACUUGAACCAGCACUGCCUCUUACCACACACCGAAUCUGCCCGGCUCCUGAUCUUAGACUUUUCAUCUCCCGAACUGUGGGAAAUAAAAUUUCUGUUGUUUACAUGUUAUCCAA